UUCUUUGACAGUAAGGAAAGGAUUACAUCUCCUGUGCUGUAAAUUCUGCAUGAUUGUCGGAGCCGCCGCUAGAGGGCAGAAGCUUCUCGGGCAAAACAGGAAAAUGAAGCGGAUAUACACGUUACAUCCACUGAAGAAGAAGACGCUCGACGACUCUGAAAAACAAACAUAAACAAUCACAACGUGCUGCUGUUUCUUCUUUUAGCGUUUCGGCACUGUAUUAUUGCAGUUUCUACAAAAGGUACACCAUGCCCGUUAUUUGUGCGGCAAUCGGAUGCAACAACAAGUUUGUCAAAGGGUCUGAGAUAAGAUUUUACAGGUUUCCACUCAGCAAGCCUCAACUUGCAAGCAAAUGGGUACACAGCCUGGGGAUGAAAAACUUUUUACCAACUGCCAACACCUGCCUCUGCUCAGAGCACUUCAGGACUGACUGCUUCAGGGACUACAACGGCAAACAGUUUCUGAGGGAGGAUGCAGUGCCCACCAUUUUCUCUCAGGGGCAGGAUUCAUCAAAGAUUGAGCUUCGGAAAAGGGGGGUAAUACCAAAGGAGUCAAACAUUGCAAAUCAAAUGGGAACACCAGCAGACAGAGACAGAGUGAGAGAAGCUGCCAGUCUACGCAGAGACAAAAGAGGAGGGCUGAGGGGAGGACGAGGCAGCCGUGGAGGAAAACAGUUGUCUGACAGACAGUCUAUCGGAGCCAAAAGCAGAGUGUAUGACAGCAAAGGUCGGCUGCUCUCCAACGGCAAUGACAUGUGCGACUGUCUGGACGUGGACUGUAUGGGUUGCUUCUAUCCUUGCCCCGAGUGUGGCUCACGCAAAUGUGGGGUCGAGUGCCGUUGCGACAGGAAGUGGCUAUACGAGCAGGUGGAGGUAGAAGGUGGAGAGAUCAUUCGGAACAGGUUUACUAUUUAGUCUGCAGUGAGUCUCAGGCUUUUAAAUCGCUCAAUCCCAGAACCAGGAGGCUUCUGGGAAUCAGUUUCUCUCUCCUUGCAUUCAGCUCCAAGUCAGGCUUGGGGACCAUUCAAGACUGUGAUGCUGUUUAAAGGAAUAUUCCACAAUAUUAAGUGAUAUCCGGUUUUGCAGAGCUACAGCCCAUAGUAGAAAACUCUGCUGAACAAUGUGAGUAUUCCACUGAAUGAUGGAUGUGCAUUUUAUUGUCCCUGUCUUUUAACUUUUUUUUCCUUUUGUUUUCCAAUAAAAAAACUGUGUUAAUAAACUUUCUUCUUCUAACCUCACGUGA